GAUGCGUCACCAGAUAGUCGAGAGGCAUUGCGUGUUCUAUUGAUGAAAGCCACUCUUGAUUCACCGGAGUGUAUGCGCGAUUGCGUGAAGGCACUUUUGAAUUGUUUGAAACGUUUCCCCAUUGACGAAUCGUCAAUUUUUCGUGGAAUGAAUUUCGGUUUGGGUCAUUUAUUGUGA